UUCCUUGGACACUUCAGUCCACUUACGAUUGCCGAUCUUGACACACUGCAAUGGAAAUACGGCAUAAUAUUCUGCAACUGCGAUUGCUGCUUGUCAGCGUUUUAUUCCUGGCCAUUGGCCAUGCGCAGGGAGACCAUCAACAUGCCCGAUCAUCUGCUGUCCAUUCGCUUCCUGUGAAGAACCCUGAGGAGAUGGAGGCCCUCUACUGGCGCGAGAAUGCUCAGAGUACGCUGGCAGCCAAGUUGGCCGCUCUGGAAUUGGCACACACGAAGAAGGCGAAGAAUGUGAUACUCUUUCUGGGAGAUGGCAUGUCCAUUCAUACUGUGACGGCAACACGCAAUCUGCUGGGCGAUAGCUCCGCCAAGGUCUACUUUGAGCAGUUCCCCUACACGGGUCUGUCCAAGACGUACUGCAUCAAUCGCCAGGUGGCCGAUUCCGCGUGCACCGCGACAGCCUAUUUGGGCGGAGUGAAGGGCAACUACGGCACAAUUGGCGUGAAUGCGAAUGUGCCGCGCUACGAUUGCAAAGCCGCCUAUGAGGCGGCGAAUCAGGUGGAUGGCAUUGCCAAGUGGGCACAGGAUGUGGGCAAGGAUGUGGGCCUUGUGACCAGUGCUCGGGUGACGCAUGCCUCGCCAGCUGGCGUAUAUGCGCACAUCUCCGAUCGCAAUUGGGAGAACGAUGCCGAGGUGAUUUCUGCCCAAUGCGAUCCCGAGGAGAGCAUUGACAUAGCACGUCAGCUGGUCGAGUGGGAUGUGGGUAAACGUCUCAAGGUCAUUUUGGGAGGCGGUAGGCAGAAUUUCCUCAACAACACAGAGCGCGAUGAGGCUGGAUAUCAGGGCUAUCGCACGGACGGACGCAAUCUAAUCAAGAACUGGCUGGCGGACAAGAAGGAUCAGAAAGCCAGCUAUGUGUGGAGUCACAAAGGUCUCACCCAGCUCGAUCUGGACAACACGGACUAUCUGCUUGGGCUGUUCGCCAGUGGACAUCUACCCUACGAUGGUGAUCGCGAGCGCAGUCCCAAGAACAGUCCUCUAGCCGACCCCUCUCUCACCGAACUAACGGAGGCGGCAAUUCGUGUCCUCAGUCGCAACGAUGAGGGCUUCUUUCUGUUUGUCGAGGGUGCUCGCAUCGACAUGGCUCACCAUGACAACUAUGCGCGUCGCUCCCUAGAGGACACUGCUGAGUUCGCCAGGGCUGUGCAGAAGGCACGCGAAAUGACCUCCGACCAGGAUACGCUCAUUGUCGUCACUUCCGAUCAUUCGCAUGUGUUGACCGUUAACGGCUAUCCGAGGCGAGAGCAGGAUAUAACGGGGUUGGCGGACAAGGACGCCGAUGACAAUUUGCCGUAUAAUAUACUCUCCUAUGCCAACGGACCGGGCUAUGCGGGCACCUAUACCAAGACGGAUGGUCGCAAGCGGGUCACCCAGAAGCACACGGAAUACCCGCUGUAUGUGAGCCCCUCGAUGGUGCCCCUCAACGCGGACACGCAUGGUGGUGACGAUGUGACCGUCUUUGCCUCCGGCCCCUAUGCACAGUACUUCAGUGGCAACUACGAGCAGACCAAUAUACCAGCCAUGAUGGCCAGGGCCGCCGGCAUUGGACCCUAUGCCAAUGUCCAGCCUUAGAGCACAAUAUGUUCAACUGUCUGUGUAUGUGUGUGUGCGUGUGUGUCCUUUAUUGUCAAUUCGAGUUACAACAUGCAAUUAAAACUUAAGCGAAACAGCUAAAUGCA